CCCUUAAUAGUUUUCACACACCAAUCACUUCAAAGAAAAUAGAAAGAUCGUAUUAUAAGUAUACGAAUAUGGCAAAGUCACUAGUGAGUUACACAACCUUCCUUGCUCUCCUCUUGUGCUUCCUCCUCAUUUCAUCCAAUGAGAUGCAAGCGGCCGAGGGCAAACUUUGCCGAAGGAAGAGCAAGACAUUUUCUGGCUAUUGCUUUAUUAGUGAACACUGCGACGAAGAAUGCAAAGAGAAAGAGGGGGCAAAGAGGGGUAUGUGCAUUAAGAAGAGCAUCUUUAGACGUUAUUGCUACUGCUACCACAAUUGCAAAUAAGCAUCAAAUGCUCUCAGAAUUCUCAUUUCUAUGUACGAUAAAUAAAAAGUGGUAUGUUGUCUUGUGUCUGAAAGAAUAAAAAUACUACCAAUUCACUAGAAUUGUAGUGAUUGUGAGAAGUACUAAAUUAUGUUUGUAUUAUCGUAUUGUAUGUACGAUCGUUUCUUUAGGUCCGAUCCAUACUGUAGUUUUUGAUGCCAAGUGAAAUAAUCUAAAUAAUUUCAAGAAAAUUUUUGUGGUUAUUUUGA